AUGUUGCAUGAACUUACCAUCUGUCCGAAUGUUGACAAGCAGGGAAGGGACGCUUCCUCUGCGGCUUACAUGUUCAAUGACAAUGAGAAGGAUCUUGACAUAAUUGCAACAUACAGUGAUGUUUCGGGCACUAUUAGAACAUGUAGGGUGAAAAUGAAGGACCUUUCUGCUUCAUGGGUUCUCGAAAACCCUAUCAAUGUAGACAAAGUACAGGGCUCCCAAGUACAGGUACUUAAGCUGAAAGAUACAUACCAAACUAGCACACCAUUUCAAGAAAAUGUUGAACAGUCCACCGAUGAUCAACAAUUUCAAGAAGGUGAAAUUCUAAGUCAUCGACAGACGUAUUGGAGCCCUGUGAAGUUCAAGCGUCAGAUAUUGAGGCAAAAAAGAAGGGAUCUCCGUACUGCAGAACUUGUUCGCCAAGAUAAAGAAGUUAAUAAAGAGCUGCAAGCAACGGAAGCAAUUGAGAGCUUGAAAAAUAUGGACCCUGUUGUGAAGGGAAAAUACAGUAUAUGGAGAAAAGAUUUCGAAAAUCCUAAUGCUGAUUCUACCUUGAAGCUUAUGCGUGACCAGAUUAUUAUGGCCAAAGCAUAUGCAAACAUUGCUUUUUCUAAGAAACAAACUGUUCUUUACAAUUCUCUUUUGAAGCAAGUCAUGGAAAGUCUAAAUGUUAUUGGAGAAGCUAACUCCGAUGCUGAUCUUCAUCCUAGUUCACUUGAUCGUGCAAAAGCAAUGGGGCAUGCAUUAUCUGUAGCAAAAGAUGAACUCUAUAAUUGCUUCACGGUUGAAAGAAAACUUCAAGCCAUGCUUGUAACAACAGAAGACAAUUUAGAAUCACAGAAGAAAAGAAGCGCCUUCUUGAUUCAAUUAGCUGCAAAAACUGUCCCGAAACCAUUGCAUUGCCUAUCUCUGCAGCUAUCAGCCGACUACUACUUUCAUGGAUAUUAUCAAACCAAGCAAGAACCAUACAACGAAAAGCUCAAAGACCCUUCGUUAUACCAUUACGCCAUCUUUUCCGAUAACGUAUUAGCGACAUCAGUGGUCGUCAAUUCAACGGUGUUGCACGCAAACGAGCCUGAGAAACAUGUUUUCCAUAUAGUAACUGAUAAACUGAAUUUCGCCGCCAUGAAAAUGUGGUUCUUGGUGAAUUCUCCCGGGAAUGCGACGAUUCAAGUCGACAACAUCGAUGAUUUCAAGUGGAUGAAUUCGUCUUACUGUUCGGUUCUUCGACAACUCGAAUCUGUAAGGAUUAAAGAUUAUUAUUUCAAGGCGAAUCAUCCUUCGACUCUGUCUGAUGGAGCUGAUCACCUCAAGUAUAGGAACCCGAAGUAUUUGUCUAUUCUGAAUCAUCUUAGGUUUUACCUACCUGAAGUACAUCCAAAGCUGGAUAAAAUCUUGUUUUUGGAUGAUGAUAUUGUGGUUCAAAAGGAUUUGACACCUCUUUGGGAUGUUGAUCUGAAAGGGAUGGUGAAUGGUGCAGUGGAGACAUGUAAAGAAAGCUUUCAUAGAUUUGAUAAGUAUCUCAACUUCUCUAAUCCGAUAAUCAUAGAGAAUUUCAACCCCAAUGCUUGUGGUUGGGCAUUUGGAAUGAAUAUUUUCGAUUUGAAGGAGUGGAGAAAGCGAAACAUCACUGCUAUAUAUCAUCAUUGGCAAGAUUUGAAUGAUGAUAGAACUCUUUGGAAGCUUGGCACAUUGCCACCAGGGUUGAUCACUUUCUACAACUUGACUCAUCCACUGGAUCGAAAAUGGCACGUAUUAGGACUCGGUUACGAUCCGGCCUUAAACCGAACCGAGAUCGAAAAUGCAGCCGUCAUCCAUUAUAAUGGAAACUAUAAGCCAUGGUUGGAUCUAGCAGUCUCCAAGUACCAAUCAUACUGGUCUAAAUAUGUAAGUUCUGGUAACUAUUACCUUCAACGCUGCAACAUAAGUGAGUAACAUUUUCCUCUUUUUCUUUUUCUUUUUCAUUUUGUUUUGUUUUCACUUUGUCAUACUUGUAAUUCACUUGUUAUAGCAAAG